CAUCUUCAAAGGUCAAAAACAAAACCAAUACCAGCAAAGCUUUUUGGCUUUCCUCCUCCACCAAGGGAGAGGGAUUAAUUAAUUUUUGAUACUUUAUUAAUUCAUUUUUCUUAUUUUUUAAUUUAAUUUUUCAUUUUUAUUUCCUCAUUUUUAACUCGAUUAAUAGAUUAGAGUGUGCAAAAAAAAGAGAGAAAAUAAAAUAAUUAUUUAGAAAUGGAAGAUUCAGCUCAGCCCUCGGACGCCGUGAUGACGGAUGCGUCGGCGGCGCCACCUCCUCAGCCGUCUCAGCAGCAGCCGUACGCGGCGGCGGGAGUUGAGAAUAUUCCCGCCGUGCUGAGCCACGGCGGACGGUUUAUUCAGUACAAUAUCUUCGGGAAUAUCUUCGAAGUCACGGCCAAAUACAAACCGCCGAUUAUGCCUAUCGGCAAAGGCGCCUACGGCAUCGUCUGCUCCGCAUUGAAUUCGGAGACGAAUGAGCACGUAGCUCUGAAGAAAAUAGCGAAUGCGUUUGACAAUAAGAUCGAUGCGAAGAGAACGUUGCGUGAGAUUAAACUUCUUCGGCAUAUGGAUCAUGAAAACGUUGUUGCUAUUAGGGAUAUAAUACCACCACCUCAAAGGGAAUUGUUUAAUGAUGUUUAUAUUGCAUAUGAGCUUAUGGAUACUGAUCUCCAUCAAAUUAUUCGUUCUAAUCAAGCACUAUCAGAAGAGCAUUGCCAGUAUUUCUUGUAUCAGAUUCUCCGUGGAUUGAAAUACAUUCAUUCUGCAAAUGUUUUGCACAGAGAUUUGAAGCCUAGCAAUCUCCUUCUAAAUGCAAACUGUGAUCUAAAGAUAUGUGAUUUCGGAUUAGCUCGUGUGACAUCUGAAACAGAUUUUAUGACUGAGUAUGUUGUUACAAGAUGGUAUCGAGCGCCAGAGCUGUUGUUGAAUUCUUCUGACUACACUACAGCUAUUGAUGUGUGGUCAGUCGGUUGCAUUUUUAUGGAGUUGAUGGACAGAAAACCUCUGUUUCCGGGUAGAGAUCAUGUGCAUCAGCUCCGGCUUCUUAUGGAGUUGAUUGGCACUCCAUCAGAGGCUGAUCUGGGCUUUUUGAAUGAAAACGCUAAACGAUACAUCAGGCAACUUCCUCUAUAUCGCCGGCAGUCUUUUGCUGAGAAGUUUCCACAAGUACAUCCUGCUGCCAUUGACCUAGUUGAGAAAAUGUUGACAUUUGAUCCAAGACAGAGGAUUACUGUUGAAGAUGCAUUGGCACACCCAUACCUCAACUCACUCCACGAUAUCAGUGACGAGCCGGUUUGCAUGACUCCAUUUAGCUUUGACUUUGAGCAGCAUGCCUUGACUGAGGAUCAGAUGAAGGAGCUUAUUUAUAGGGAAGCUAUGGCAUUUAACCCAGAAUAUCACUAAAUGUGAUUAAGACUUUCUGUAUUAUUGUUCCGUUAACUAGUGUGACUUGAAGAUUUUUAUCAUUUUUCUUUCUUCUUUUUACCUUUUUUUUUCAUUUUAUUUUAACCUUUUUCAUGUAUAUAUGAUCCAAUCAAGAACUGAUUGGUUUUGUUAAGAUAUUUGAUGGCGGGUUGCCAUGUUGUUGUAAGGGGUGGGUUUCAUUUUUGUCUGUACUCAGGUUGAUUUCAAGUUUUUAAUGUAUCUGAAUCUGUGGUUUUUCCUUUCUUGAUUGCUUUUUUUUCUACCCAGAAUGUG